AUGAGGAAAUCUCUGAAGAACCAGGAUCAAACGGACAUCUCAGAAGUCCCGGUUUGCAAGCGAAUACUUGAUUCGACAAUAACUGUAGACUGCUUUGAUCUUAAAAUAACUAAUUGCACGCACUAUUUUCUUUCCCACUUUCACGCCGACCACUACACAAAACUGAACAAGUCCUUUGAGUUUCCAGUAUUCUGUUCAAAAACCACGUCAGAGCUUGUAUGUGCAGCACUUGGUGCAAAGGCAGUUGGGCUUGAAAUGUAUACAAGCUAUGACUUUGGUAGUUUCGUAGUUCGGCUCAUUGAGGCCAACCACUGCCCUGGUGCUGUGUGCUUUAUAUUUCUGAUAAACAAUCAAUUUGUCCUGCAUACUGGUGACUUCAGGUAUUGCAAAGUAUACCACACUCUUGAUAUCAGCUUUAAAUGUGUGUAUCUUGACAAUACAUAUCAAAACUUCAUUUCAUUUCCAUCGCAAAAAGAGGCUAUUUCAAAAAUUCUGCAAAGGCUUGAUCAAGAUAAUAGACUGUGCAGACUAAAUGUUUGUGUCCUAUGUUGCACAUACCGCAUUGGAAAGGAAAAGAUAUUUUUGUCCAUUGCUGAAUAUCUUAACGAGAAAGUCCAAGUCACCGAGGACAAGUAUGAUAUUUACAAGUGCUACAGUAGAUACACAGUCGAUAAAAUCAAUAGAGAUGUGGCAGAAAUAGUGAAUGAGAGGAGAAUGAGUACAAAGACAUUUGGAUUCGUUAAAAGUGUAACGCUGACAAGAACGCUUCGGACAAUCCAAAAGAAAGGCGCAUUUAGGAAGACAAAAAUGAGCCUGGAGCCGCCAGAAAUAGUCAAAUAUAAAAAUGAGCACACCGAACUUUUAGAACAAGUCAACUUUAAAGCCACUCUAUGCGAAAGUGCAUUGAACAUCUCGUGUCCGAUUCGAAAUAAAGCUCAUAUACUGUUUAAAGAAAAUGCUAAAAAUGUGGACUGCGACAGCCUAAGGCUUUAUGACGAGUCUUUUUCAGUGUCCGGCUGUGGUUUGGACAAUAGCACUGGAUCGUUGCGACUUAAACCCUUUGAUCGCAUCACAACUGAAGAAGCACCCGUCAAAGUCAUCAGUACUGCUGAUUUGCGCAAACUAAACGAAAUUGCUUCAAAAAUAUAUGCUGACAAAAUUAUUGUGUUGUGUGGGUCAGGCUGGAAAGAAAAGCAAGAAUACAAAACAUACAGCAGAAUGGAUGGGAAAAAUAUAAAAAAAGGGAUUGAAAUAGUCUAUUUUAGAUACUCUGAGCAUUCCAGCUCGCAAGAACUCGAGGAAUUCAAAAGGUCUAUUUCAUCGAAGUAUUUUAUUAACACAGUUGUAAACAAACCAUUGUGGAAAGGGCAGGGACAUCAACUUCAUGAAACGAGAAAAUAG